AAUAUUUCCCGUUAAGUAUUAACUUCUAGAAAGUAAAAACGGCGAUGCAAAAGGCGAUUCAGUGAUCUAGGGUUUCGAUGCUUCAAAGGGAUUGGGAUCCGGGGAUUGGAGAGGUAUUAUCGGAUCAUUGGGAUUCAGAGAGUCGAUUUGGAGAUGGGAUUCUCCAUGAUCGGAAUGUUGCAGAUGGAAGAUUGGAUUUUCCUUCUGAUUUUAGAACGGCUGGCUUGAUCGAGGGUGAAACAAUGAUUGAGAUUUGGAUCUGGCGAAAACAAGGAAGUAUGAAGUUUGGGUCCUUGAUUUUUAUUUCGAUCAUCUUUAAGACGAAAUUGAAUCAAGGAAGAGAGUCAACUUUUGGGAAAUGGGGGGGAGGUGAAGAACGGAGAAGGAGUUCGCAAACGUCUGAAGAUAUCAGUGGCCCACUUUGAUAAUUCGGCUCUCAUCAAGAACUUUUCCAAGACCCUUCUCGGGAGAUGUAUGAAUCCGGAGAAGCAGGAGAUGCCGGCUCUAAUUUCGAAUCUCCCGAAGAUAUGGAAACUGGAAGAGAGGGUUGUUGGUACGGAUUUGGGGUUUGGGAAGUUCCAGUUUGAUUUCGAAACGGUGGAAGAUAUGGAAGGGGUUCUCAAGAAUCAACCUUUUCAUUUUGAUUACUGGAUGUUGGCUUUGGCGCGGUGGCAACCAAAAAAGUCCCUGCUCUAUCCAUCGGAAAUACCUUUUUGGGUUCGAAUCAUUGGAGUCCCGGUGGAGUUCAAAACGGAAGCCACUUUUGAGAGCAUUGGAGACGCCAUAGGAAGAACGGUGACCGUAGAUUUGGAUCACUCUCGAGUGCAAGUGGUGGUUGAUGCGUUUAAAGAAUUGUGCUUUGAAACCACGAUAGAUUUCAAUGGUGGGGAGUUCUAUGAUGGUGAGGAAGCUCCGGUAUCACUGCGGUAUGAGAAGCUGUUUGGAUAUUGUCAAGUGUGCGGGAGUCUUUGCCACAAGGACGACGUCUGUCCCCUAGAUGUGAAGAACACUAAGAAGAGUCCAGAAAAGAAACGUGAGGGAAGAGAAGGUAAUGGGGUUUGGCAUGAUGGAGCGAAGUACGAUGAUCGUGCAAGGAGUUAUAAAGGUGUAGUCAUUAAUGGAAAUGCGAAUCAACAGCAAAAAGAAAGAGAGGGCCGUGAGUAUUAUGGCAAAGGUAAAGGCAAAAUGGGGGAAGAAACCGAUUCAAAAUGGAUGAAGGUGCCAGAGAGAGGAAAUAAGAGAGCCAACAACAACCGUGGAACUUAUAGAGGAGAUGGGGAGGCUUCUCGAUACAGACCUGCCAGGCGAGAGGACUCAAGGUCUGGUGUUCAGAGUGGGCAUCUUCGACACUCUUCAGAACAGACUAAGCAACCGUUUCAACAAGAGGUUCGUGAGGAAGUUCGAGAGGAGGGUGAGAUUAGGUCCGUUGCGGAGGCUCGCAUAAUGCCACCCUCUCAGGCGUUUCAAGUGGAACUGGCCAAUACUCAGGCUGAGGGAACAACAGUCAUCUCGGAUCCUACUGACGUGGACCGUGGAUUGGCAGAGGUACAUGGUAUGCAGGAGGAUCAAGUUGACUUAGAAGAUGAGGAUGUGAUGGACAUGGAUGAGAUUAAGGCUCAUCUACUUGAGAAUGGGAUUGAUAUGGAUGCAGAGGAUUUUUUAGAAGAGACAGCAGAGGAAGAAACUGAGGAAGUGAUCAAGGAACAGGCAGAAGAUAACAAUGCUCAUGUUACAGAUGGGGGGACUGUGGAAGAGGAGCAAGGCCCGGUUGCUGGAAAUGCGGAGAAGAAACCAGGACUACGUAAGAGGCUGUUCAAGGCAUCGACCGGUACUGCGGGUAGUAGUAAAUUGAGAGCAUUUAAUGCGCUUGCGUCCCCACGCAAGCGAGCUGCAGCGAAGCCAGGAGUGCGUCCGGGAGAUACCAUCAAGCAAGCGGAGAGUAAGGGUGCUUCAAACCUGAAACUUGGGACACAGAAGAUUUGAUUUAUGGUUAGUAGAUGUUCUAAAGGUUUCUCAAGCAGGCUGGGCUUGUCUUAUGUUUUACUUUGUUUUCUGGUUUUAAUAAGCUCUAUGAGCAAGUGCGUUUUCUCUGUUUCGAAGUGUUGUAAGAGACUGGUUUUAUUUGUGGUUUCCUUGGGGGAGAAGCAACGAUUUAAUACAACAGUCUUUUGUUAUUGGCUUUGUAAUCGUAUUGGCUAUUUUGAUGGAUAUUGGAUUA